AUGCGUCGCUUUGGUUCCAAGUUUGCCUCCGGGUUGGCGUCACGCUGUGCCCUGGCCUGCCCCCUAGCGAGCGCAGCAACGGCACCGGCAGGUGCCAGCACCACAAGCAGCACAUCUUCUGCUCAGAAGUCAUUCUUUAAAACAACUGAGAUGAUUGGCUAUGUUCACUCGAUCGAUGGCACCAUUGCCACUCUAAUCCCCGCGCCUGGGAAUCCCGGUGUGGCGUACAACACCAUCAUUCAGAUUCAGGUGAGCCCCACAACAUUUGCCGCUGGAUUGGUAUUCAACCUGGAGAAAGAUGGCCGUAUCGGUAUCAUUCUGAUGGACAAUAUAACGGAAGUGCAGUCUGGUCAGAAGGUAAUGGCAACAGGUCAGCUACUGCACAUUCCUGUGGGAGCCGGUGUGCUGGGGAAGGUCGUGAACCCACUCGGCCACGAGGUUCCGGUGGGGCUCGUUACCCGCAGUCGCCGCCUGCUGGACAGCACGUUGGGUAAAGUAGACACUGGUGCACCCAAUAUCGUGUCCCGCUCGCCUGUGAACUAUAAUCUGUUAACCGGUUUCAAAGCUGUCGACACCAUGAUUCCGAUUGGCCGUGGUCAACGUGAAUUAAUUGUGGGCGACCGCCAGACGGGCAAGACCUCCAUCGCUGUCUCGACCAUUAUCAACCAGGUGCGUAUCAACCAACAGAUUUUAUCCAAGAAUGCGGUCAUUUCCAUUUACGUCUCGAUUGGGCAACGGUGCUCGAACGUCGCGCGCAUUCAUCGCCUUCUGCAGUCAUACGGUGCACUGCGGUACACAACUGUAAUGGCUGCCACGGCUGCAGAACCUGCUGGUCUCCAGUACCUGGCUCCGUACGCUGGCGUCACGAUGGGCGAGUACUUCAUGAACCGUGGUCGCCACUGUCUCUGCGUGUAUGAUGAUCUCUCUAAACAGGCUGUCGCAUACCGUCAGAUUUCGCUGCUCCUUCGUCGUCCACCGGGCCGUGAGGCAUAUCCGGGUGAUGUCUUCUACCUGCAUUCACGGCUCCUGGAACGCGCGGCUAUGCUUUCCCCUGGAAAGGGUGGUGGCUCCGUGACAGCGCUUCCCAUUGUGGAGACGCUGUCUAACGACGUGACUGCGUAUAUUGUGACGAAUGUAAUUUCCAUUACUGACGGUCAAAUCUACCUCGAUACGAAACUGUUUACUGGUGGCCAGCGUCCUGCAGUGAACAUCGGUUUAUCUGUGUCACGUGUGGGCUCCUCCGCGCAGAACGCGGCGAUGAAAGGAGUUGCCGGAAAGCUGAAGGGGAUUCUUGCGGAGUACCGCAAGCUCGCCGCCGACUCGGUGGGCGGCCAGCAGGUACAAACGAUCCCCAUGAUCCGCGGUGCCCGAUUCGUCGCGCUGUUCAACCAGAAACAACCCUCGUAUUUCAUGAAUGCAAUUGUGUCUCUGUACGCGUGUCUGAAUGGUUACUUGGACGACGUGAAGGUUCAGUACGUAAAGUUCUACGAGUACCUGCUUGUCCACAGGGAUCUGGGAAUCAUGUACGGUACUGCGAAGAAUAAGUUCUUCUACAUGUAUGUACAGGAGCUGAACUACCUGAUCCGCUUCUUCACUUUGAAUAGUCCAAUCUUGCACGGGGAGCUUGAAGAAAUGUUGAAACAACAUACCCACCUGUUUCUGCAGCAUUACCAGUCGAAAAUGAAUGCCAUCAAGAGCGAGAAGGAUGUGAAAGCACUGAAAAACCUACUCUACUCUUGUAAGCGGGCAGUGUAG